ACUGGAGCGAGCGAGCGAGCAAAAUCGCAGAGGGAAGCCAGCGCAGGCUCUUGGAGAGAGCUGUGUGUUUGCCCUUUUGCAAUGACGUCGUGUCCUGAGCCUUCCUCCUCCCCUCAGCCCGGCCCCCCCUUUCCCCCUUACAUCCUUGGAAGCCGCAAUUAAGCAGCACCGCUGGGAUAAAACAUUCGGGCUGCCAGCGAACUGGGGCAUUGCGUCGCGAGAGAUGGCUACGCUGCGGAGCGCUUCCCUCCGGCCCGGAGUCCUCGUUGUGGCCGCCUUCCUGCUCUCCAGCCUCCCGGCUUCGUGGCAAGGAGGGGUCCCGGGUGCUGGAGUUGGAGUGGGAGUUCCCGGGCGAGGCUACUACCCAGGAGCUGGCAUUGGCGGUCUGGGAGGUCUGGGCGCUGGAGUGGGUGGAGCAGGAUUUGGUGCAGGAGCAAAACCUCCCAAACCAGGUGUUGGAGGGGCCGGAGCAGCACUAGGUGGUCUCUAUCCAGGUGGGGCCUACCCAGGAGCCGGAGCUGCUGCUGCUGCUGCCGCUGCCGCUGCCGCAUAUAAAGCGGCCAAGGCUGGUGCUGGUGCUGGUGUGCCUGGAGGCGGUGUGGGAGUGCCCGGUGGAGGUGUGGGCGUACCUGGAGGCGCCGUUUUUCCGGGAGCUGGCGUUGGAACUGGUGCUGGAGCCAAGCCUGGCAAAAUCCCUGGUGUCGGGAUCCCUGGUGUGUUCCCCGGAGGGGUCCUCCCUGGCACGGGGAUCCGUUACCCUGGUGUAGGGGUCUUACCAGGAGUGCCAACAGGCACUGGUGUGAAGCCAAAAGUCCCAGGGGCAGGAGGAGGUGCUUUUGCAGGGAUCCCUGGCUUUGGAGGCGGCUUCGGUGGUCAGCAGCCAGGUCUACCUCUGGGCUAUCCCAUCAAGGCACCCAAGCUGCCAGGUAGCUAUUAUGGGCAGCCUUACGGUGCCGGGAAGCAGCCUUAUGGUGCCGGGCCAGGUGGGGUGAUCGGCGGAGCCGGAGGGAAAGCCGGCUACCCAACGGGGACAGGUGUGGGAGCACAGGUAGCUGCCGCCAAAGCAGCCGCCAAAUACGGUGCUGGGGCUGUGCCUGGGACAGGCGGAGUCCCUGGAGCUGGGGUGCUCGGUGGAGGUUUGGUGCCUGGAGUUGGCGGUGUUCCCGGAGCAAUAGGUGGGGCGGCGGCAGCAGCCGCAGCAGCCAAGGCAGCGGCCAAAGCGGCGGCAUACGGUGGCAAAGCUGUCCCAGGGACUGGUCUUGGUGGUGUCGGUUUUCCAGGGGUAGGUCCAGGUGUUGGAGGAGUGCCUGGAGCCACGCCUGGUGCCGGGGUAGUCCCAGGAGCUGUUGGAGUGGGCGGAGUGAGUCCCGCAGCAGCAGCAAAAGCGGCAAAAUAUGGUCUCGUUCCUGGUGCUGGUGUCGGUGGCGUCCCUGGUAUCGGUGGCAUUCCGGGUGUCGGUGGCUUUCCUGGUGUCGGUGGCAUUCCGGGUGUCGGUGGCUUUCCAGGUGUCGGUGGCGUUCCUGGGGUGCCAGCAGUCCCAGGAGCUGGGACGCCGGCAGCCGCUAAAGCAGCCGCAAAAGCAGCCGCAAAAGCAGCCGCGUACGGGACCGGGGUAGCGCCUGGCUAUGGCACCCUUGGUGGUGUGGCCCCUGGAGGGAUAGGAACCGGCGGUGUGGCCCCUGGCGGAAUAGCUCCAGGAAGUGCUUUGGCCGCAGCAGCAGCAAAGGCAGCCGCAAAGGCAGCCAAAUACGGAGCUGGAGGGGGUGGAGGCUUCAUCCCUGGCUUCGGCGGCGUCGGCGUACCUGGUGGUGGGGUGGUGCCAGGCAUUGGAGGGGUUCCAGGAGCUGGAGUGCCAGGGACGCUGGGAGCAGCAGCAGCAGCAAAAGCAGCAGCCAAGGCAGCUAAAUACGGCGGUGGCGCAGGGGUCUUGCCUGGAGGGGGCGGCGUUGUGCCUGGAGGGGGCGGCGUUGUGCCUGGUGCAGGGAUCCCACAACUUGGAGCCCAGCCGGGGGCCAAACCACCUAAAUAUGGUGUCCCAGGAGCUGGACUAGGUGGACUCGGGGUGCCAGGCUUGGGGGGAUUUGGAGGACUGCUUGGCGGCUUGGGGACCGGAGGCCUGGCACCCGGGUUGACGUAUCCAGGGGCCGGCGGUAAACCUCCCAAGCCAGGGUAUGGCGGCGGCAUUCCACAAGUUGCGGAUGGCCUUGGUUUUGGUUUUGGUUUGUCUCCCAUUUACCCAGGUGGGGUUCCUGGCCAGGUGGGCUAUGGCGGCAAAGCCCCCAAGCCCUACGGAGUCCUGGGAGCAGUAGGCUACAGAGGUGGGAUCGGUCGCAAGAGAAAGUAGCCCCGGCAGACUGUCUUCCAUUCACCUCAUGAACUUUGGUGCUACUGCCUGGUCUCGAAUGUACCCCCCACCCCGAGAAAAGCAGAGAUUCCACCACCACCACCACCUCCCCUGUGCCUUUGCCCCACUUGCCAGCCAGCCAGCCAGCCAGCCAGCCCUCCUCCCUCUCACUGGUGCUAUGACCAUCCUCCGGGGACCACCCCAGCUGCCCACUCCCUGGGGCUCUUUGGUGCUGCGGCCAAGGAGGGCUGCUUUCGGGGAGGGGGAGACUGCCCGAGCACUUUAACCCGCUCCUGAGCCCUGUGCCCAGCCACAGGGAGUCAGUAGCCCCUGGCCAGUUGGCCUUUCCCCAGUCUCUCUCUCCCUCUCUGGACUCCUCUAAGUGUAUGGGGGUGCUGUGGGAGCCCCUCCCCGGAGCACCCCUCCCCUCCCCCAGCACGCUGCCUGUGUUAUGAGGCAGGGAAUGCGCCGGGUCAAGUGGUCAGGGCCCAACAGGAUUUGCCUUAAUCCUCCAGCCGCUCCUCCUGUUGCUGCCUGCCAGGGCCAAGGUGGAUUAGCACGGCCCAGGCUGCAUCCAGCAUCCCUAAGGCCCACGCUGGAGCCCGCGCCAGCUGUCCACAUUGGAGCGAAGGGGCUCCUGCCCUGGGGAUCCCCUCCCGUGACCAGCCGGCCAGCUCCACGUCUCUUCAUGUGUAAUCCUUUCGAUGUAACGCGGAUGGGACACUUUUUAUAAAGAGGAACAGUAAACUGCUUUCUGAAAAAUAAAAUAAAACCUGACUAAUAAAAUAACUUUCUA